AGAAAUAUCCGAUUGAAAAAAGGGAAAACGUCACUGAAGGAAGGCUCUGAAAACCUAAUGGCUGAGAAGAAAGAAAGCACAAAGAAAUUGAGGUGUGAGCGCUGAGAAGUCGGUGAGAACGUGGAUCGUUCUUUGGUUAGUGUUUCCGAUCUUUCAUUGAACACAACACACUUAACCUAACAUAUUUCCGUGACAUGGCUUGGAUGCGUUUGAUAGCGCAGGUCGCAAGGCAUCAAUCAGAAUUUGGACAGGUCAGAAGUUUGUUGGCUAGAAGCUAUUUAUCGGUUAAUAAGCUUGAAGGAAAUAGGCUUUUCUGCUCCCAGGAAAGAUUCCAGUCCAGCUAUGUUGGCAAUCUGGCCCGUCGAGUACGUGAUGCAAAUGAAUCUUGUGAAAUUGCUCAUCUCAAGGAACUUUACCAUCGAAAUGAUCCUGAAGCUGUUAUUAGAGCAUUUGAAAGUCAGCCAUCUCUCCAUACUAAUCCUUCGGCACUUUCUGAAUACGUUAAAGCAUUAGUGAAAGUUGAUAGACUGGAUCAAAAUGAGUUACUCAAGGCUUUGCGAAGAGGUAUUUCUAAUUCAGUCAGGGAAGAAGAAAGUAUUGGUGGCUUUUCUACUCUUAGAAAUGCUGGAAACCCUACAAAAGAUGAAAUUCUUGGAACUGCAAGUGCUCCUAUUCAUAUGGUGACUGCAGAAGGUGGGAAUUUCAAAGUGCAGCUAUGGCGUACAAUCAGGUCCAUUCUGGUGGUUUUCCUCUUGAUUUCUGGUGUAGGAGCAAUCAUUGAGGAUAAAGGAAUUAGUAAAGGACUUGGUAUGGAUAUAGAAGUACGGCCAAUUAUGGAGUCGACUACUAAAUUUAAUGACGUAAAAGGUGUUGAUGAAGCAAAGGCAGAACUGGAAGAAAUUGUUCACUACCUCCGAGAUCCUAAGCGCUUUACUCGUCUUGGUGGCAAGCUACCAAAAGGUGUUUUGCUUGUUGGCCCACCUGGCACUGGUAAAACAAUGUUGGCAAAGGCUAUUGCUGGAGAGGCUGGGGUUCCUUUCUUCUCCUGCAGUGGCAGUGAAUUUGAAGAGAUGUAUGUUGGUGUUGGUGCACGAAGGGUGAGAGAACUUUUUUCUGCUGCAAAAAAGCAAUCGCCUUGUAUAAUCUUCAUUGAUGAGAUUGAUGCGAUUGGAGGAAGCCGAGAUCGAGAGGACAAAAUGUACUUGAGAAUGACAUUAAAUCAGUUGCUUGUUGAACUAGAUGGAUUCAAGCAAAACGAAGGCAUUAUUGUGAUUGCAGCUACUAAUUUUCCAGAGUCACUAGAUAAGGCUUUGGUGAGACCAGGGCGAUUUGAUUGUCAUGUUGUUGUUCCCAAUCCAGAUGUAGAAGGAAGGCGACAGAUUUUGGAAUCUCACAUGUCAAAGGUUUUGAAGGCUGAUGAUGUUGAUCUUAUGAUCAUUGCUCGAGGUACACCUGGGUUCUCUGGUGCUGACCUUGCAAACUUGGUUAAUGUUGCUGCUCUCAAGGCUGCAAUGGAUGGUGCUAAAUCUGUGACCAUGAAUGAUUUAGAGUUUGCAAAGGACAAGAUUAGGAUGGGAAGUGAACGCAAGUCUGCUGUUAUAUCUGAGGAGAGUAGAAGGAUGACUGCUUUCCAUGAGGGCGGCCAUGCCUUAGUGGCAAUUCAUACUGAUGGAGCACUUCCUGUUCACAAGGCAACUAUAGUUCCUCGUGGGAUGGCUCUUGGCAUGGUUUCUCAAUUGCCUGACAAAGAUCAGACCAGUAUCUCACGCAAACAGAUGCUUGCCCGGCUUGAUGUUGCCAUGGGAGGCAGGGUUGCUGAAGAGCUUAUUUUUGGAGAUAGUGAAGUUAGUACUGGUGCAUCAUCAGAUCUUUCACAAGCAACUAGUUUGGCUAGGGCAAUGGUUACUAAAUAUGGUAUGAGUGAUGAAAUUGGACUAGUCACUCACAAUUAUAAUGAUAAUGGGAGAAGCAUGAGCUCAGAAACUAGGCUGCUUAUUGAGAAAGAGGUGAAGAACUUGCUAGAGAGGGCUUACAACAAUGCAAAAACUAUUCUGACCACCCAUCAUAAGGAGCAUCAUGCACUUGCAAAUGCUCUUCUGGAGCACGAGACACUUACAGGAAGUCAGAUAAAGGCAUUACUUGCAAAUGUAAGGUCCCAGCAGGAGCAGGAGCAGGAGCAGUCGCCUCAAACAGUUGAAGCUCAGGGAAGUUCACAGCCGAAUUCAGCUGCUGCUGCUGCAGCUACUGCUGUGGCCAAGGCUCAAGGUGUUUCCCCAGUGUGAUCAUUGCGGGAGAAGACAGUGGUGACUGGUGACACAUGCUUCUGAAUAACUAUUGUGGGAUUGAAAUGUGCAGAUGGUAACUUAUUCAGUGUUUUUUAAGGUUCAUGUGGUUCCACUUUAGCAAAUGGUGUUAUGACUGGGUUUUGAGUGUGUUUGACCUGUUCCUUAAAGAUUCAUGUGUUUGAGGGUCACUUGUUAGCAAUCCCAGUACAACAGAUUUUUCAUCUAGGAGGAUUGGGUCUGAGGCCAGACCAGCAACUAUUAAUGCAUAUAGCUCACUUGGUUCAACCGCAUUGUUUAGAUGAAUCCAAUUGACGAUAUCAUAGGACACAUUGAUUAGUCAUGAGAUCGAUAUUUUGGAUCUCAUGUCACUGAAUCCAGACUAGACCCGAAUGUGCCACUGAGAUUGUAAUAAUUCAAAUUUUAUUGGUGACAAUAGCAACGGAUUGAAUGUUUACUUCUCUAAACAAUCUAUUUUAGCAAUUUCAAAUUGAUAUGAGUUGAAUAGGACAGUUAUAAUUCUCUCU